ACUGCCACAAAAUUUUUUUUUUUUAAAAAAAAGAAAGUAUCAUGAGCUCCUCGUACCCAUUACCAACUCAUGCUAACCCUAGUCCGCAAAACCAGCCGGUCAAGCGGCACCACUCUGCCCGUUACUACGCCCAUAGGGUGCGAGAAAGCUUAGCAACGAGGGUUUCCAAGCUCGUCUGCUCCAUUUUCUUGUUCUUUCUUUUCUUGAUUGGCGUGAUCACAUUCAUCUUGUGGUUAAGUUUACGCCCGCACAGGCCAAGAUUUCACAUCCAUGAAUUUUCAAUUCCAGCUAUAGCCCAAGGAAACGGGUUUGAAAAUGCCCAGAUAGAUUUCAACGUCACUGCCCGUAAUCCAAACCGGGCGAUUGGGAUCUUCUACGAUGCAAUGCACGUUUCAGUAACUUACGAUGAUCAAGGCAUUGGGGCUAUUUCUUUGUUGUAUCCAUUUUACCAAGGGCCCAAAAAUACCACAGUUCUUGCUGGUAGCUUGAGCGGUGCUACAUUAACCGUCACCAAUCAAAGAUGGCAGCAAUUUUUAGCUGAUCGAUCACAAGGAAGGGUAAUUUUCAAGCUUGAUGUAACCUCGACCAUUAGAUUCAAAAUUUCUUCGUGGGAUAGUAGGCAUCAUACCCUGCAUGCUAAUUGUCCGGUUGGAGUUGGCCCUGAUGGCACCAUCUUGCCUGAGUACAAAGAUAAAAGAUGUCCUGUUUAUUUCAGCUGAUUAAUCUGGAUUAAGAGAGGAAAUCCCAGAUAUUUUUUUCUCUUCUUUUCUUUUCUUUUUUUUUUUUUUUUGGUUUAAAAAAUUAUUAUUAAUGAUUGUGAAUUUGAUGUAAGAUUCGAUGUUACUGUGAUCAAAAUUGAUGUAUACCUGGAGAGGUGGCAUUUCGUGGGAA